CGAAGCAGUAUAACUUAACGUUUACUUAUUCUGUGCUCAAACCGAUUAUUGACUUUGACAAAAUAUUUCUUGUUGACUUGACAACGGUGGACUUUUUGAAUAUUUUCCAAAGCCAUUUACUUUUUAUUAAAAUGAAAUAUAAUAAGUAAAAUGAAUUGCAACGACGAUGUCUUUCUUUUAUUUAACUCCUGUCAAAGGAGACUUACCGGUGCACUUCUUGGAAAAAAUAGUUACAAACAGAUUACUAUAUUUGGAAGAUCUUUUAAAGGGUGAAAAUGUUAUUUACAAUGAAUUUGUAGUGGAAGGCAGUAUUUACGAUAACGUAGGGCACUACAUGCUAUGUGUUACUGCAAUUCUAAACAAAAGUUGGGAUUUUGUACAAUUUAUUUUAAAGGCCGAAAUGGAAUUGUUUAGACGACGAAUUUUAUCUAUCUCUGCUUACGACAUGCGAUCGUUCGCUAAAAAGGUGAUACGAUGUAUUAAAAAACAUGAUAAGAUUCCAAGUUUCAUGGAACCACUGUUGGUAAUAAGCCGGCACUUGAUGUUAAAGGAUUUGGCUCAACACAUUUGCUCGUCAUCCCAUUCUAUUGAAUGUACAAGCCAUUGUAUACAAUUAAAUUUUCGACAUUGUCUUCAAUUUAUAGCUAAGAGGCAAGUGGAACUAAGAAAUGGGAUUGUUUACUUACCCUGUGGAAAAUGGAAACAAUAUUUGAUACUGCUCUUUAGUAUGAAUGUAAGACACAGAAUAAUGAAUACAAAUUUAGAACCUCUAAAAGGUGAUCCUCGAGUAAAGGAUUUAUUACUUAAAUUUAAAACACAUCUAGAAAAAGACAGCGACUGUAAUAGCAAUAAAUUGUGCAGUAAAGAUGUUGAUAAAGUAUUAAAAUUCUUCCCUCCAUGUAUGUAUAAUCUACAUUCAAGUUUACGAAAGAAACAUAGAUUAUCACAUUCCCAACGUUUUUACUACACCUUAUUUCUGAAAGAUAUUGGUAUGCCUGUUGAAGAAGCUGUUGAUUUCUGGAAAAGAGAGUAUAGUUUGAGCCCCAAUGGUAGUCAUACUUGUUGUCACAAUUGGGAUAAAGAUGAGAAAAAAUAUGUUUAUGGUAUUAGGCAUAUGUAUGGUUUAGAGGGAGGAAGGAAAAGUUAUUCAUCUGUAAGUUGUCAGCACAUCCAGAGCGCAGAUGUAUCUUGUAACGAAGGAGGCUGCCCAUUUAAGGGUUUUGACAUAGACAAGCUGGUAAAGGUUUUAAAACUUGACCAUAAAGAACCGUUUUUGUCACAAAUAAAUGAACUGAGAAAUAAAAAUCAGUACACAUCUGCAUGUGUUACAUAUUUAAAAUAUAGUCACAAUGUGGCCUGUGAUAACAGUCUUAACUUUAAUUUUACACCUGUUAAAUUUUAUAUGAAAUGUUUUGAGAAAAGUUCUGUCAAUUAAAAUUGUGUUAAAAAUA